GAGCUACCUGAAGACUAUUUUGAUCAAUGCUUAGCUCUCUGGUAAAGGUUCCUAGGGCCUAUCGAUGUAGCUGACAAUGCGGGUAACACCCCCCUUUUUACGUAUCUAUUAUCCAAGGAUAGAGACCGACGCAUGGAGCAUCCUGGAGAAUGCCAUCUUCUUCACUACGAUAAGCUUUUCCCGCGCGAUAGCCGUGUUGCCAUCUUCGCGGUAAAUAAAGAGCUCGAGACGGCGUUACAUGUGAUUGCUAGGAGAGAAAAGACAUACUAUACGGGAGAGGGUCAUGAUAAGGCAAUGUUUGAGGCUUUCAUUGCUAAAGGGCUAGAUCCGUUGAAAGAGGAUGCUAAGGGGAGGAGCGCAUUGGAUGUUGCCAGCGUCUUUGAGAAAAAUGAUAUUAUCGCGAUCUUCGGAAGGAAGUAGAACUUUCAUCUCAUAAUGAAGUUGGGAUUGAAUGAUGUUGAUUGAGUAAGAAUCUCACGACUCCACUUUAUCUAGUAGAGAUCUUAAAUAUGCCCUCAUCACUUGCAUCGCUAUUCCCUUAGAUUAGGUAAUUGAAGGUA